AUGCCCUCUGCAAUGACAAGAAAACCUGCGUCGAAAGAAGGUUUAUUGUUGAUAAGUGAAUCAAGACACCUGGGGGUUGGUGAUAUCUCGAGGUAUAAAAUAACUAUUGAUAAGGCUAUAUUAUCUGAACAAGAUGUGGAUGUUGAUGAACUCUUUAUCAAGAUCAAAAAUAAUGAAAAUGCCUUAUUGAAUCCGGUUUAUAUAACAGGUCCAUAUUCAUUUUACUGUGAUAUUAGACCUGACAAUUAUAAUGAGGAUAAACCAUUUGCAGGUAAAGAAAUUAUCCCCUUUGUAGAGAAUUUGAAACCGAAUGAAAAGUUUAAAUCGACAUUGUUAUUCAACGAAUAUUCUAACAUAAAAGGUACAACAUCUUAUUCUUGGACUAUUGAUGUUAUAUCUCAAUUAGCUGUGCUAACAUUUCCCAAAUUACAAUACACUAUCAAAGUUGGUACCUCGAGAAGAUCCACCCGGAUGAGGAGUAGAGGAAGGAAGAUCGAUGCUCUCGAAGGCAUUAAAGUAGAGGAAUGGGAUACAAUCUCUCUAUGGAAUCUAUCACCUAAAUAUCCUACCAAACCUGUUCAUUUAGUCAUUAUCACACAUGGUAUUUUUUCUAACGUUGGGUGUGAUAUGUUGUACGUUAAGGAUAAGAUUGAAGAAAUAACAUUGGGUAUGGAUGAAUCGAUAAACCCAAAUAUUAUAAUUAGAGGGUGUAUGGAUAACAUGGGGAAAUCUGCAAGGGGGGUACAUUAUAUUGGUAGAAGAGUAGGUAAAUAUGUUGUGAAGAUCAUCGAUGAAUUGAAUACGAAGUAUAAAGUUGAUAAGAUAUCUUUUAUUGGACAUUCGUUAGGUGGGCCAACACAAGCAAUGGCUGUGCAUUAUAUUACGAUGAAGAGACCAGAUCUGUUUGACCCAGUAACAGGUGUGAAACCGAUAAAUUUUAUCACGUUAGCUAGUCCAUUCGUCGGUGUUAUUGGUGACUAUCCAUUAUAUAUUUCAUUACCCCUGGAUAUGGGUUCCCUUGGUUUGACAGGUCGAGACUUGAAUUUAAGGUAUACACCUUUGCAAUCUAAGGAUGGACUUUAUAUUGAUGAUCCGAAGUAUCAAAAUCAAGAAAAUUCAAAAUUAAUAAUGGAACUUUUACCACAGCCUCCUGUCCGUCAAAUUUUUGAACAAUUCAUACAUAGAACCGUGUAUGCAAAUGUGGUACAUGAUGGGAUUGUUCCUUUAAGAACUGCAGCUCUACUAUAUCUUGAUUGGAACAGUUUGAAUGCUGUUAAAAAAAUACAGAGAAAGAGCAUGAUACAGGCAGAAACGACUGAAAAUCGGGACACUGAAUUAGACUCUCCUGAAAGCAACAUAUCAAGUGUAACCCCAAGUAGAGAAGGAUCUGUUCGUGAAAUUCCAAAAGAUGAUUUAGAUAAAAAAGCAGCCGUACAAUGGGCAAUGCCACAAGCAUUAAUUCAUACAAGAAAGAACAGAAAGUUCGAGAGGGCACAAAUAACUGAAACAUCGUCAGAUUCCGAAAGUGAUGCUACUCCACCAAGUGGAAACCAAAAUAUAUCUGAUGAGAAAUUUGUUGCUCCUAAGGAAGCGUCAACAAUACUUUCAGCAUUAUCGGUUUUAACGGCGCCAAUGCCCACACAAGAGUAUAUCAAAAAUCCCUCCUUAAGAACAGAUGCAAUUGUCCAUGAUAGAGUAUACCAUCCUGACGAUCUUCCAGAACCACAUUAUAAUGAUAGGUCUACGAUUAGCAGGGUCCUCUAUCCAAAUGAAAAUGUUAACAGGAUACAGGAACGUAUAGCACGGACAUGGCAAGAAACAAUGGAUUGGAGAAAAGUAUUGGUGAGCAUACAGCCAGAUUCUCAUAAUAAUAUUAUUGUCAGAAGAAGAUUUGUCAACUUAUAUGGUAAUGUAGCUAUAAACCAUCUGGUAAAUGAGCAUUUUGGUAUCAAAGCUUGUGAAAAAUAUGCAAAAUUAUAG